GAGAUUAAUUAUAACAAAGGGAAAUUGCUUCCUGAGCGGGAUAUUUUAUUGUCACUACGGGAAAUUUGUUGCCAAUGGUUGCCAAUGUAUUGGUUAGUGUCGAAGUUGUUACCAGAAGUGAUAAGGUCGUUUGAAUUUGAUUGCUGUGUUUUCGACAGUAAAAAUCUGAACUGAAACAGUAGCCGUGGCUAUGGGUCGGCAGGCGAUGGAUCUAUGGUCCAGCGUGUAAAGGUGCACGGCUCGAGAUGAAGAGACAUGCAACUGAAGAUUGUCACAGUCAUGUCCAUUUAUCGAACUCUUUGAGUAAGCCCGAGUAGUGUGGUAGUUGCGAGUACCUAUACACCCCCACCACCUUAACCUGCCUUCGAGGGAUGUUGUGUGGCGAAUUCCUGAAUCGAAUAGGAGCUUCGCCCCUGAGCACUGUGAGUUUACUGAGCAACCCCGCAUUUGGUACACGCAGUCCCUACUUCACCCUGCUCACCCUCUGCCAAGGGAUGGCCGCUCUUACAGCUAACCCUACCACUGUGGACGACGAUGACAUCUUCCUCGAGAACGGCCUAUUAAGCUACGAAAAUCCGAAUUAUCAUCUGGAUCCAGCGCGACUGGAUGAUGCCCUCAACUCCAACACAGACGAGCUGUAUGAGGAUCUGUACCACGAGUUGGAUGCUGUGUGCAACUUAGCAGCAACACGCGCCACUGGCAAACAGACUUCACAGGGCCCUCAGCAGCAGCAAGGGCCAACUGGAGGAGGCACCCCGGGCAGGAGAGGGUACGCGGCCCUUGACAUCGGCUCCAUGGGGGUUGACGUCACCACGGGUCCAGUCACUAACUUGGACUCAGCAUCCGCCACAGACACAGACAACCAGAACAACAGGAGCGGUGACGGUUGUCUCCAGCACAACACUGACCCCACAUCGGGGCCCUUAGACAACAGCAAUUCAUUAUUUCACGACAACGCGAAUCUUGGCGGUGGCGGUGGGGGUGGUGGCUCUAUGGGGCGGCGCCCACUUGACCUCACCUCCUCCCUGCGGGUGAAACCCGACCUCAUCGACACUGCGGAGCAACGUGCCAGCUCCAGGGACUCUAACAAUCUUUGUGAAAAGCCAGUAAACCUCAACACAGCAGAUGACGACGGUUCUGUACCGCAUAUUGCCGGCCAGUUGAACAGUGACCUUUACGCUGUUCCUGUAAAACGCAGGCCUCCCCAGAAGCACUCUUCGCUGUCGCCAAAUGGCAGCAACAGUCCCAAGCACUCUGUUGGAUCUCCUGGCAGUGGUCUUGAAAACUUACCACCGGGCUGGGAGAAGCACGAAGAUAAUGAUGGACCGUACUACUGGCAUAUAAAGAGUGGGACUAUACAGAGGGAGCCACCUGCGACGCCACCCAACAGCAAGACCGAACCUAGGAGGCCACUAGUGAAGGACGCAGAGAGUGCUCUGAACACUUACCAGCAAACUGGAGUCGGUGGAAUUUGUGGAGUUUUGGGAACUGGCGUAACCAGGAGCAACACCAGUUCAGCCCUCGAGGAGCUCGAUACCGGCAAGAAGAAGGAAGACCGAAAAGAAGAGCUCGCUUUAAAGAGACGCAGCUAUCCAGCGCGUGCUGAACCAUCAGAUUCAAAAGGCUCAGAACGGCCAAUCAGAUUUGCUGUGAGGUCGCUAGGAUGGGUGGAGAUUGCUGAAGAGGAUCUUACACCAGAGAGGAGCAGUAAAGCUGUUAACAAAUGCAUUGUGGAUCUAUCAUUCGGACGUUUUGACUUGUUGGAUGUCGUAGGGAGAUGGGGUGAUGUAAGUGUUAUUCAUACAUUUCUUGUUCUGAUAGACCCAGAGAAUCUCACUGUCCUUAAUACUCAACCUAUCCAUACAAUUCGUGUGUGGGGAGUCGGAAGGGAUAAUGGCAGGGACUUUGCGUAUGUGGCACGUGACCGAACAACUCGUAAGCACAUGUGUCAUGUAUUCCGCUGUGACAUCCCAGCCAGGACCAUAGCCAAUACAUUGAGGGAUAUCUGCAAGAAGAUCAUGAUUGAGCGUAGUUUACAACAGAAUCUUGCCAAACCUAUUGAUAUCAUUGGUGGAAGUGGGAAUGCAGGAAGGUCAGGACUGGCCACACGCCCCACAAAUCUUCCCACAGAGCACAGACGAUUUCAUCAUCGCAAUGGCCAAGCAUUAGUCACGCAGUCAUUUCCAACCCCAAUGGAAGAGCCAAAGAAAGUUCUGCGGGCACAGUAUCUUGGUUCUACGCAGGUGUCUCGGGCUACAGGAAUGGAUAUAUUGAAUGAUGCAAUUGACAAGCUCAUAUCUACUGUGCCUACAGAGAAGUGGCAUUCUGUGAAUGUGGCUGUGGCUCCCUCCAUGAUCUCCAUACUCAACCCCUCGGAAGAAAACAAACUGGUAGCAGAGUGUCGUGUUCGCUAUCUUUCCUUUUUGGGAAUUGGACGUAAUGUGAAGCAGUGUGGUUUCAUUAUGCACACCGCACAAGAUCUGUUCAUUGCACACGUGUUUCACUGUGAACCUUCGUCUGGGGCCCUCUGCAAAACUGUGGAAGCUGCCUGCAAGUUACGGUACCAGAAGUGCUUGGACGCACAUCCACAGGGAUUGGGUCGUAAUGGAAGUAAUGUCCAAACACCUGGUGGUGGAACCAAGGGAUUAGGAGCAACUCUGAAAUCACUUGUUGGGUCCCUUACUGGACGUGGCAGCAACAGACAGUUCAAGGGGUCAAGUGAAUCCUGAGAUGAGGCUCUCUCUCUGCAGGAGCUGUGGCCACUACCUGCAGAGCGAGAGGUGAUCCACCACCGUCACCUGCAGUCACCACUCACAUUGAAAUACUUUAGCAACAGUAGCAGCACUCUCCGGUCACUCUUGUCACCCACCUUGGACAGUCGGCGAGUGGCUUCACUGCAUUGGGACUAGAAGCCACUGCGCAGCACUGUGGCAUGAAGCAAGUGUUCCCCACCAGAUCAUGGUCUGUUCAUAUCUUGAGUAGUCCCUGAGCACACUGUUUGUAUGCCCUAUGUGUUUUUGGCACAUAGUAUAUAUUCACUGAAACUUGAGCGUAAUGAGAAAGAGGAAGCACGUUUUAACAUGAAAUUCUAUGUGACAGUUUGCAUUCUUAUCCAUCUCCAGUUUUGAAAAUGCAGAAAGUGGAUUAAUUUCAGUAGAUCUGCAGUACAUGGCAGCUUGACGGUAGCAGGAAAUAGGUGAUGAGUUGAACAGAGAGGUGAAAUUCAGGACAAAUAAUAUGAAACUGGCAUAAUGCUCCCUCAUUUUAUUUAAUACACUUACUGUAGAUGCUGAUGAAGAGGUAUUCACCUUGUUUACUGACAUGUACUGUACCUUCUUUUAUUUCAAAAGAAAGACACCAGAUUUCCAUUUUCAUGAUUAUUUCUGAACAUUGACAGUGAAUAAAGAUUUUUUAACUGAAAGGGUGUUGUACUGAUGACAAAUUCAUUGUUAUUUUUAAAAAUAUCAAAAGAUAUUGACUGUGUAGUGUAUGUGAGUGAGGGGGUAAUUUAUUCCAGUCUAAGGGAAAAGACUCAGGCAAAGUGCGAACAAGGCAGCAAGUUGUAAUACUGGAAACUGGAUUCAAUGUUCAAGAUGCGAGUCAGUCCUAGAGAACAUGAGUGACAAUAGAAAAGAAUCUUAUUGAUUGGUUUCUUAGCAUCUGAUGCACGAAAUAAUGAAAAAAGAUACAUCAGACAAGACCUAUGUAGUUUGCAGUGAAUAUAUUACGAUUAUAUAUGUAAUACAAAAUGUACAGCUUCUGAAAAAUAUUUGAAAAAUAGCUUCAGGUUCUAAUAAUUUCAGUCGCUGAAAUUAUAAGUCAUCAAUGUAUGUGUGAAAGUGUUACCGUAAAAUAUUCUUCAGCAUUUUUUAAAAUAAAUUAUAUAUUUUAUAUUUAUUUGCUGUGGUAGGACUAGUGUUUAUAUAAUUAGAAGUAUGAAACAAUUUCAAGAAAUAAAACCACAUCGGAAAGCAUGUGAUGAAACACUCUGAUUUUAAGGACAUCUUUAAAGUCUUCAUAUUUGGCCAAGAAUGUGAAUUUACGCAUUAAUGAAUAGAUACUGGAAACGGAAUCUUUGGAAUUCACGUUGUCUCCCCAGUAGACGGUGAAGUCAUUUUGAAGAACCGAGUUUUGCAUACUGUGUUAUAUGUGUAUGCGUGUUCAUGCAUGUAAGUACCAAAUCAUUAGCUGUAUAAUAUUGAUGUUGGUGUGCGGGUGCGGGUGCCAUAUCUUCCUACAUUAAAUGUUGCCGAAGUUAAUUUACUUUUUCUUUUAUUGUUCACGGUGUUGCUUAUUGAAGCAGUGAUAUUUCUAUUUAUAAUCUGUGUUUAUCCCACUGAAUUGCACAGUUCUGUAUGAAGGACGUAUUAAUGUUGUAUAAAGAUGGACUUGGCCGACACCAAGCUGUUUGUUGCCAUUAAGAGAAGGGGUGUCAUAUGGAGACCGAAUCUUCUAAGUGUUGGGGGAAGAGAUUCGUACUGUUUUUAAUGUUGUUUUUAUGAAUUGAGCUUAUUGGACCAAUAAGGGCAAUCAAGAAAUGGCAAACAGAGUUAAAAAUAAAAGCUGUUUGAAUUUCAUGUCGGCAUCUGGUCCAGUGCUAAUGAUGCGUGACAAGAAACUGAUGCUGUCUGAGACUCGAGUCUGAACUAAAACUGCACAUGUCACAAUGCAGUGUUAAAGUUUUUAGACCAGUCUGUAUAAAGCUUUUGAAGCAUUCCCUCGUUGUGCCACAUAUUUCCAUUGUUUGCUUCACGAGUAAUGGUCCUAACGGUUGGUCAUCAUUAUUAUAGCAUGUUACAAGUGGCAAUUCUGAAUGGGAUCAAACAUUGUGUUUCAUAUCUGAUUGUAUAAUCACUCUUCAUUUUCACUUCAGAUAUUGUCACAGAUCUGAAUGUCACACACGGAUAUUCUGUACGCCAAUACCUCAAAGCUUAUCGUAACAAUCACCGGAAGAACUCAAAUUAUGGCUGUUAGCAAAUGAUUGUACUUUCUGCCAUAAGAAACUGUAUAUUCUUACUAUGACCAGUUUGUGUUGGUCUGUCGUAGUGUCAGUGUAUGAAAGAGAUUCAAAAGUGAGUGUGCAGUUGUAAAUUGAAUUUUUAAAUUAAUUUCUGUAUUUCUUGUCCUUGAUAUUCACUCACUUACUCUCAGUCCCAGCACAGUCUGUAGCUAUGUAAUAUGGCGAUGGCUAUAUACUUGUACACAGCAUUAUACCAAUUGUAUGACGUGAUGUCUCCGUAACUGAAUGUUAAUAAGUUAGCGUGUUAAAAGUUUGGCAGCAUCUGCUUGCUCGCUUGCUCAGCACAAAUAUCUGCAGCUUUUCCAGCAGUAAGUUCACAGCAAUGGAACUGUGGUGCUUGUUUGAAAAAUAUUUGUAAGAAGCAGAUGGUUCAGAGGGAAGAUGUGUUAGUGGGGGAAACAAUAAACUAAACAAAUACUUGUCAUUUAUCAUAGUAAAUUUAGAAAUAUAGUAUCAUUAUUUAUUUUUAAAUAAUGCUUUUAAAAUAUGAAUAUGUUUGAAUAAAAGUGGGAUAUCCAUAAUAUUGUAGCUGAACUUACUGAAGUGUACACUUUGGGACACUCAUUUGCUAAUGCAUCUGCUGUACUACGUAAAUCUUGUGCUUUUCUCCCAAUCUGAGCGUUAUCUUGUAAUGUGCAGGGGAUAUCAUUAUAUAACUACAUUCAGCCAUUGCAACUUGGUAGGUAACUGCUGCAUCAGAACUUCUCUUUUGAUACUCUGUAAACUGUAAUUGGGUAACACACAUGGUUUUAUUGUGGUGUAUCAGUGAACGAUAUUAGUUCUGAAUUAAACAUUCACAAGUCAUGCCUUCAACACUUUGUAUGAUGGUAAUGUAAGAGCCUUGAACUUGUUUAAGAAAUAAAAGUAUGUCUGUGAUCUUUAA